AUGAAGUUCACAACUCUCGUCUUUGCUAUCUUGGUCUUUGCUAUCUCUGCUGCUAAUGCAGUAAAGGAACAAGCCCUUAUCAGCUUCUCCCCAGGCUCGGAUGUAUUCUCACCACAGUAUAAGCUUAGCGUCAGCUUGCUUUCUAGUGAUACCACCUACGAGAUUACCCUGGACACUGAUGUGCCAGACUGGUACCCUUUCGAUCCAUCUGAGACUUCAUACGGUGUAGCUACCUACGAGCAAGAAGGACUUACCACCGGCCCCUGUUCGGCGAUUAUCUACGACAACGACGAUUGGAAGGAUGACAAGAAGACUUUCAGGCUUAGUCUUAUGGGGCCCGCAGGAAUCUUCCACUUUGUAGGAGAAAGUGUAACCAAAGAACAGGUUUAUGGUAUAGCCGUUGAGGGAGAACUCAGCGUCAUCCACAAUAAUGACUUCGGUUACAGCCGUCAUCGGUUCUAUCGUCACCACCAAGACAGAUACCCUUGCAAGCACUAA